AUGGUCAAUACUGAUGCUGGUGCUUUAAUGAUUUCUGACAUACAGAUUUCAAUGAAGAUUAGACUGCAAAAAAGUAAUUCUGUAGGUUCUUAUUAUAUUAAACUCAAGAAAAUUGCAAGAUAUAUUAAUAUAGGAGAUGAUGAAUUCUACCAUAAAUUUCUUGAAAGACUUUCUUCAGAUAAUCAAAUGGAG